CACAAUAAAAAUUAUAUAAAUUGCUAUCUUGCUUGCCUGGAAACCAAUGCAGGACUCAACGAGCUUCCAUUAACCCUCAAUGCUUGCUCUAAUCUUUCCCUCUUCUACUGACUCCAACAUGGCACACGCUAAGCAUUCCUGCAGAAGAUGGAACACCCCCAAAUCUACCUGAUAAAUUUCGCCCCCAAAAUCACAACUCGAUUUUCUUUCGGAGAAGAGGCAAAUUUGCUUCUUCACAACCAAAACUUUGCCACUGUCGAAGCGAUCAAUCUUUGCCACCCAUGAAUCCUUACGAGAGACCCUUGACCCCACAUGAGCAGACACUGAGAGAUGAGGUUAUCUAUCUUCACUCUCUCUGGCACCAAGGCCCUCCUGCCCUAAACCCUAACCCUUACGUUUACCCACCCAACCAUGUAAAUUAUUCGUCAAGAAAUCUCCAUGUAUCGAACCCUACAUCCUUCAAAAAGACCAACAGACACAAAACCACAUACCAAAAGGCCAAGGACAGCAAUGCCCCCCCACCAGGGCAAGUACCCGACCCACAACCCGACCCUGGUCCAGAAUGGCCUGUCAACCCGCCACAGCCAUCUCCUCCUCAAUCGGGUUCUGGGUGGCCAGAAUUCAAGUCCAACCUGAGCACCUCAGCCCGACCUGUUUCCGAGGUUGACCUGGGCAAGGUUGCUGCAAUGCACAUGCAGCAAAAGGUUGUAAAGUGCUGCAACCAGUUUUUCGUUAAAAGGUUUGAUUUAGAUGGCAACGAAGAUAACGGAUUGGACGAGUUUGAUGGGGAUGAACACUGUUAUUAUCAUGAUAAUGAUGUUGAAGAGAGUGAAGAAUUUAAGUUCCUUUUGAGUUUGUUUGUGGAAAAUCAAGAAAUUAGAGAUUUUUAUGAGAAGAACAAUGAAAAUGGGGAUUUUUACUGCUUGAUUUGUGGAGGGAUAGGAGAGAAAGUAGGGAAAGUAUAUAGGGGUUGUACAGGCCUUGUUCAGCAUGCAAGAACGAUUUCGAAAACAAAAAGAAAAGGGGCUCAUAGGGCUUUUAGUCACCUUAUUUGCAAGGUUCUUGGUUGGGAUAUUAGUAGGCUUCCUAUGAUUGUGUUGAAAGGUGAACCUCUCAGUCGCACAUUUGCAAAUUCAGGCAGAACUGAGAAUUUUUCAGAUGAAGGUGAUGGUAAAAAAGUACAUGAAGAUCUUAGUAAUGAUGUGCCAAACAUUGAAGCAUAUAAAGAUGGAGCCACGGAGUGCCUGCUAUUGAUUUACUCCAUUACUAAAGAAAACGCCAUACAGGGAUGUGAGCCACCACUGGUCUCUGAUGUCCGAUGGCUUUCCCAAAAGUAUGUUGAUGAAUCUCCAUCAACAACUGUAGGGUGGCCCACCUUGAAGACCCGUCGCUCUUCAGAAGCUUCUGCUGAAGAGCUAGAGAGGUUUGCCAUGAUGCAGUUGCAGCAGAAAGUUUUGGAUGAAUGCCAAAAUUUCUUAGCAAACCCAUCUGGUUCGAUUUGUGAUGAAGGUGAGGAAGAUGGGGAUCCAGAUGAUUGGAUGGAUGAAGAUGGGUCUGAUGAAUGUGAAGAAUUUAAGUUCUUUUUGAGAUUGUUCACAGAUAGUAAUGAACUGAGGAAUUAUUAUGAGAAUCAUUAUGAAGGAGGGGAAUUUUGUUGUUUGGUUUGUUGUGCUUUAAAGAAGAAGGGUUGGAAGAAGUUCAAGGGGUGUCUUGGACUCCUUCAGCAUACAACUGCAAUAUCAAGGACAAAGAAGAAGAAGGCGCAUAGGGCGUAUGCACAGGUUAUCUGUAAGGUUCUUGGUUGGGAUGUUGAUCAGCUUCCGAGAAUUGUAUUAAAAGGAGAACCUUUAGGGCACUCUAUGGCAAAGUCAGGCAUCUUGCAGGGUGAGCCAGAGAUAAAUGCUGGUUGUGGUGAUGAGGACUCAAGUUUUCUUCAGACUGAAACUGUUCAUGGUAAUGUUAGUGUAUCAGCUUCAAGAGAGUAUUCUGGUAUUCAUCAGAAAAAUUGUGUGCAGAACACAUCAAAUGAAGGAAUUGUUAAUGAACAUGGCAAUGAUCUGGAAAAGGAAAGCAUCAAAGCUGAUAAAUUGAGUUUGGUGGGUUCUAAGGCAAGCUUGAAGGAAAGGGGUGGGAACUAUAAAAAGCAAAACAUAGCUUUCUGGGUAAACAAUCGUUGUUGGCCUGAAACCAAACAGUCUCAAUCAAUGAGGAAAGCGAAUCCAUUAGAAGAGGGAUGUGAAGGUGAAGAUCGCUGAAGAAAGUGUUUGACGGUGGGAUGAUAAUUUAUUCAUUUACCAGCCCCAGAUGGCUCACAUUCUCGCUUGGUUCAGCAUCCUCUACUGGGUUCAAUCAUGGUUUUACUAAUUUCCAUCUGUAAUGCUUUUCAGGAGGAUCCAGUUCCAAAUUAAAUACAAGAUUUUUGUGCGAGAUCCUACUUUCUGCUCGAACAUAAUACAGAUGGAAGAGAUGAAGUAGGUGUACUAGACUUUUAGUGGUUCUUGUAUGAGCAGCCAGGAAGAAUUAUCUUAGAUAGAGCUUUGAUGGUUUUCUGUUCAGAAAGUACUGAUAUCAAAGAAACAACUCUCCUCACUACCCAAAAAGCAAAUAUGAAAUAAAUAAAUUGGUAUUUUCUUCUCGAAAAGCAAAUAUGAAAUAACAAAUUGAAGGGGAGAAUUUGCACCAGUA